AUGAUGGAGGAGUCAGUGGAAUCAAUAGCGGUUCCGGAUCAGGACGAAGACGAUCCUUCAUCCACGAUUUUGGAUCUCACCAGUUACCAGCUCCACGACCUUGACUCGGUCGAGUUGCCUCCGACUCUCACCGAGUUGGACCUCACCGCGAAUCGCUUGUCCACGCUGGACCCGCGCAUUGCGAACCUCCCCCAUCUCAAGAAGCUCUCGCUCCGCCAGAACCUCGUCACCGACGCCGCCGUUCUCCCUCUCUCUUCCUGGAACGCCCUCGCCUCCCUCGAGGAGCUUGUGCUGCGGGAUAAUCAAUUGCGGAACAUUCCUGACGUCAGCAUAUUCCAGAAGCUUCUGGUAUUUGAUGUUUCGUUCAACGAGAUUAGUUCGCUACACGGCUGUGCCAAGGUCUCCGAUACGCUCAAGGAACUCUACGUGUCGAAGAAUGAAGUUACGAAGAUCGAGGAGAUCGAGCACUUCCAUCAGCUGCAGAUUCUUGAACUUGGCUCCAAUAAAUUGCGGGUGAUGGAGAAUUUGCAGCGCCUCACGAAUUUGCAGGAGCUAUGGCUCGGACGGAAUCGAAUUAAAGUUGUGAAUCUGUGUGGUCUCAAAUGCAUUAAGAAGAUUAGUUUGCAAAGCAAUCGUCUCACUUCAAUGGUGGGAUUUGAGGACUGCAUAGCUCUAGAAGAACUAUACUUGAGCCAUAAUGGCAUUACAAAAAUGGAAGGGUUGUCGACAUUAGUUAAUCUCCGGCUUUUAGAUGUGUCGUCAAAUAAGUUAACUUCAGUGGAUGACAUUAUGAAUCUAACACAAUUGGAAGAUUUGUGGCUUAACGACAACCAAAUAGCAUCACUUGAAGGAGUUGCAGAGGCGGUUGUUGGUUCAAAAGAGAAGCUUACUACCAUAUAUCUAGAGAAUAACCCAUCAGCUAAGUCACCCAACUAUACUGCAUUCCUUAGGGAACUAUUCCCCAACAUCCAACAAAUUGAUUCUCAUGUAUUUUCUUAG